CGAGCGGGCGGCGGGGCCGGAGCCGGCGGCGGGGCCGGGCCGCGGUGAGUGCCAGCGGCUUCGCGGGCCGCCACUUCCCCCCUUCUCCCCCUCAAAUCCCGUCCCGUCCCCGCGCUGCCCCCUCGGCGGGCCCGGGGCGGCUGUGGAACGGACACGGACACGCACAUGCGCCGAGCCCCCCGCGCUUCCCCGCGGGCGUGCGGCUGGGACACGGGUGAGCUGCAGCCGGAGGGACGCCCCCGCUGAUACCCCCGUACCUGGAAGCAAUUCUGACCCCAGUAAAUUGUGACCCAUGGCUACAGUGCUAAUAUGCAGAAGAUUUCCCAGGCUGAGCAGGGCGACUGCGUUUUCGACCACAGCCAGGCGCGAGGCCGAGAGCAGGAGCAGCACGAGUGAGCAGAAGAAGGAAGAGAACCCAGAAAGAGCCAAGGCUGGUGAUGAGCCUGCAGCCACAAUCCAGCUGCUGAAGCCAGUGGACUACAGAGUGCCCUAUAAUCCCUCUGCCUACGCCAGGAGCAGAGCUGGGAGGAGCAGCAGCAGCCAGGCUCCGGGCGAUGGUUUGACCAGUGCCGCAGCGGUUCAGCUCUCGUUGGGCACCGCCUCUUCUCGAGCUCUGCACCCUUCCCCCAGAAAGGCCCAUCCCAAACCCAAACUCCCUGCAGCACAAACCAAGGAGGAGGCAGAGGAGGAAGAAAGAGAAAAGCAUGACUCCAAGGAGGACCCUCGGGUGUUUCAGCAGGGGAGGCCCGAGUACAGGGCUCUCAGCUAUGACAAGUCGGAGCCCAUCGAGCCCCUUCCCUUGGAGGAAAGGGAUGGGAUUCUACAGGCAGUGGCCAUAGGCAGGACCAACCUGAGCCCAGCAGCCAUCACGGAUUACUUCCUCAAGCUGAGUCGUUUGCCAGCAGAACACCACUCAGCCUUGGCAUUCCAACCUGAGUUUCACACCCUCUGUGUCUGUGCUGCCCAGAGCCUGGCAGCCCUGGGCACAGGGGAUCUGGUGGCCCUUUUGAAGGCGUGUGUGCGCUUGGGCCUUCCUGCAGCCCACCCUCUGCUGGACGCCUGCGACAGGGAGUUCUGCCGGCGGGCCUGGGACAUGCAGCUGGAGCAGCUGCUGCUGGUGGCUGACUGCUGGCGCUACCUGGAGCGCAGCGUGCCCUCCUUCCUCGGCAUCUUGUUCAGCUAUGCCAACAGGCACUGGCAAGAGCUCACCCUGCCCCGCUUCGUUCAGCUCGUCUACAUCAUAGGCGAAGGCCGGAGGUCGCCGCGCGACUUGACGCAGAAGGUGGAGAACAUGAUUUUGAAGCACUUGGAUUCCUUCACCUUGGAGGAGCUGGGUGCCAUCUGCUUAGGGCUCUUCAAAUCCCUCAGUGGCAUCUCUGACCACGUCAUGAGGAAAAUCGCUGACAGGGUGUCGGUGCAGAUGGGAAACAUGAGCACUUACGCUCUGGUGAACGUGCUGAAAAUGCUGCGCUACGCCCGCAUGGAUCACUUGCCCCUCCUCAGGGAGCUGGGGAGGGUCAUUCCCCCUCGGGUUCCCACCACCAACACCCAGGGCAUCAUGCACAUCACUCUCACCUGUUCAUCUCUCCACUACUUUGACGAAGGCAUUUUGGCUGCCGUCGCCAAGGCUUUGCCUUCUAAGGCCACUUACUGCCGAAGCAAAGAUGCUGCCAAGCUCUUGUGGUCCUUUGGCUGCCUGGACUAUGAACCUCCAAACGAGGAAGAGUUUUACUCCAGCCUGAUAGAACAAAUGUGUAGGAAACUCCAUGAGUUCAGGAAGUUCCCAGAACAUCUCCUCACUGGUCUGCUUGGCUUGGCCUUUGUGGAACGCUUCCCAGAGGAGCUCAUAGACUAUGCCUUUGGGGAUGAGUUUGUCCAGAAGACAAGAAAGAGUAAAUACGAGCUCCAAAAGGACCUGUUCACCCUGAGUAAGAGUGUGGAAAUCGAGUGCCCAAGCUACCAAGGCAACCUCCUUCCCCCUCACCUUUAUCAAGAGAUGACAGAGAUGGCUCUGAAUUUUGCAGAGCAAGAAAUCUACGUCAGGCCCGAAAUUGUGGAAGCCACUUCCCUUCUGCAGAGCGUGCUGGGUGGCCCUGAGUAUGUGAGAAACCACAUGAUCCUGCCUCACACCAGGUCGAGUGAUCUGGAGGUCCACCUGGGCCCGGAUGGCCGUCCCAUCCCUUUCAACUUGAAAGAUUUUGGUGCAGAGAAGAAACUGGAAGACAUGGGAGUUAGUCUAACGGAUGACUUAAUGGCUCAGCUGAUCAGAGGCAGGUGUGACAGCCCGUCUGCCCUGGAAGGGGAAAAUGAAGCCAGGACUCACAGUCAGGAGAGAGGAGGAGAAGCAAGGGAUCGUGCUCUGCUUUCAGGUGGGCUCUGCCUUAAAGCCUCCCCAUCUCUUCAGCCCCAGGGCUUGAAAGUGGCCAUCCAGGUGUCCAACAGAAACCACUUCUGCUACUGCUCCAAGCGCCUGCUGGGGCUGCACCGCCUGAAGCGGCGGCAGCUGCGGCGCCUGGGCUACGUGGUGCUGGAGCUGCCCUUCUGGGAGUGGUUCCCUCUGCUCAAACGCACGCGCCUGGAGAAGCUCAGCUACCUCCAGUACAAAGUGUUGGACCCAGCCCUGCUUAGCCAGGCUGCUUAGCCUGCUGCAGGCCUUUGCUCCCACGUGCAUCUCUCUGGUUGCUGAUUGAAGUGCUUUCCCAGCGUUGGUUCAGGGUUUUUUGGCUGGUGCUCUGUGUGCUCAGGCUGCCUCGCUGUGUUUAGCUCAUCCUGCUCUGCUGACAGGCAUCUGUCCCAUCCUUUUAUACUUUGAUCCUCAAAUGCUCCCAUGACAAAUAAAAGCUACUGCCCUCUUCA